AUGAGUAGGGAAACAAAAAAAAACUUUCAAAACAAAAGCAACAAAACGAAAGAUAGAAACAUUGCAAAGUUGCCUCCAUUCAAAAAAGAUCUGGUACAUUCAAAUGAUGAGAAGAAAAAACAGUUCGAUCAAGAAAAACCAAAAUCUUUAGAAGAAAUGAUGCUUGAUAUCGAACGACGGCAAAACGCAUUCGAACAUGAACAAAUCUUAAACGAACAAGAUCACUGCGCAUCAGAAACUGCAGAUGGACAAGAAAAAUCACGAAAAACAUUUUAUCGAGAAUUUAAAAAAGUUAUCGAUGCAUCUGAUAUAAUUAUUGAAGUACUGGACGCUCGUGAUCCAGUGGGAUGCCGUUGUUCGCAAGUUGAAGAGGUUGUUUUAACGUCAGGAAAAAAUAAAAAACUAAUUUUACUGCUCAAUAAAAUUGAUCUUAUUCCACGUGAUAAUCUUGAUAAAUGGCUAAAAUAUCUACGUAAUGAAUUUCCGACUAUUGCUUUUCGUUCGUCAACUCAAAAUCAACGUGAUCGAUUAGGUCAUAUUACAACAUCAAUAAAAGUUUGUGAUGAACAUCUAAUUAAAUCAUCAAAUAAAUGCAUUGGUGCAUCAACACUAAUGAAUCUUCUUUCGAAUUAUUGUCGAAAAAAUAAUAUUAAAACUAGUAUUACUGUAGGAAUCGUUGGAUUUCCUAAUGUUGGAAAGAGUAGUGUCAUUAAUAGUCUUAAACGCACUCAAGUUUGUCAGAGUGGCUCGACGCCUGGUUUAACAAAACAGAUGCAAACGGUUAAAUUGGAUAAAUUAAUUAAAUUGUUUGAUAGUCCCGGUAUUGUUAUGUCAAAAGACACAAAUCCAGCUAGUCUUAUUCUUCGUAAUUGUGUUCGCAUUGAAACUAUUGAUAAUCCAUUGCCAGCCAUUGAUUUAUUACUUAACCGAUGUAAAAAAGAACAAAUGAUACUUCAAUAUGAUCUCACUGAUUUUCAAGAUGUGAAUGAUUUUUUGUUGAAAAUGGCUGUUAAAAUGGGUAGUUUGAAAAAAGGUGGUGUACCUGAUAUUCAUAAAGCUGCACAACGAGUACUUUCUGAUUGGAAUAAUGGUAAAUUAACUUAUUUUACUGAACCGCCUGAACGAUUAAAUGAAAUAAUUAGUACUGAACUUGUUACACAAAUGAAAGAAGCAUUUGAUAUUGAUGCUUUAUUAAAUUAUGAAGAGGAGGAUUUAAAAGAUUUAGAAAUGAAUUCGCUUUCAGAAACAAAUCAAUCACCAUUAUUACUACCAACACCAGCUGAUCUUGAGAUGAAUGAAGAAGAAAACAAAUCUGAAAAUGAAAAUAGUAUAGCAGAAGCUAUGGAUGAAGACGAUGAAAAUCCUCAAUCGAUAAUGAAACCUGUGAAUGAAAUUCAUUUUAAAGUUCAAGCGAUGGAUAAAACAAAACGAUUAUUGAAAAAACAAACUGCUGAUUUAGUUGAUAAACAAUAUGAUGAUGAAAUUCGACAAUCAAUUCAUAGAUCUAAUCUAACUCGACAACAUGAUUUCAAAAAGAUGAAAAAAACUCAAAAGAGAUCAGAAAAAUCAAUGGACAGUCUGAGUGAUGCACUCAAUUCUAUGGUUCGAUUUUCAUCACCAGCAACUAUUAAUGAUUGUUUUGAUGAUGAAUAG